AUGUCUCCUUCUGCGGAUUCAUCUGCUGCGGCGGCCCAAAUUGGUGACCGUGCCACACGACCUCUCAUCCGAGGAAUCUACGUGCCCACUGUAGCCUUUUUCGACAGCGAGACAGAUGAGCUGGACAUCAAGACCGUAUCACGGCACGCCGUCCGCCUCGCAAAGGCUGGUGUAUCUGGCCUUGCCGUCCAGGGAUCCAACGGAGAAGCAGUCCACCUGGCACUGGACGAGCGCUCAGCCAUCACGCGAACCACCAGAGCCGCCCUCGAUGCCGCGGGCUUCACAUCCAUGCCGCUGAUUGUCGGCUGCGGCGCCCAGUCCAUCAUCGAGGCCGUGAAGCUGUGCCGAGACGCAGCGGCCAAUGGCGGCGACUACGCGCUGGUGCUGCCGCCGAGCUACUACGCCGGCCUGUUCGACAGCUCCACGGUCGAGAGCUACUUUGUCGGCGUGGCGGAUGCCUCGCCCAUCCCCAUCAUCAUCUACAACUACCCCGGCGCCACGCCCGGCAUCGACAUCAACUCGGACACGCUGAUCCGGCUGAGCCGCCACGCCAACAUCGUUGGCUGCAAGUUCACCUGCGGCAACACGGGCAAGCUGGGCCGUGUGGCGGCCGCGGUCAAGGCUUCAGGAGCCAACUUCCAGUGCUUCGCCGGCAGCUCCGACUUCUUGCUGGCGUCGAUGGCCAACGGCGCGGCCGGCGUCAUCGGCGGCCUGGCCAAUGUUUCUCCCCGGGCCAACGUGCGGCUCUUCAAGCUGGCCGAAGCCGGUGCCGAGAAGGCGGCCGAGGCCUCGGCGCUCCAGGCCGUUUUGGCGGCGGGAGACUGGGUUGCGAUCCAGACGGGAGUGGUUGGCGUCAAGGCGGCGCUGCAGGCCUACUUUGGAUACGGAGGCUUUGCUCGAAGACCGCUGCCGAGGCCGGAUGAGGUCAAGGUCAAGGGCAUUGCGGACGGCAUGAAGGAGAUGAUGGAGGUGGAAAAUGCGCUGCCAGAUGCCGCGUAG